GCCUCGCAACGCCUUCUCGUGUGAUCAUGUGCCCGAGGAUACUUACCUUUUGCAUCUCUCACCAAGUAUAAUAAUUGCGAUUUGACCGAGCGUUCGCGUGCUAAUCGUCUCGAAGGUUUUAGAGACUACUCUUCGUCAGGUCUAAGACGUCGGAAUUUCGAUUGAAAAUGGCAGACGAUCCAAAUCGUGACAUUUUGCCCGUAAGAGAAGGCUCCUGCGUGGACACAAUCGUCAGUGCCAUAGACCCUAGGGAACGUCAUCUCGUUUGUAAGCUUGAUCGCUAUCAGCUGGAAGACAAGUAUCUGCGUUUACUCGAGGAGGCGAGCAAUCUGAAGAAAUUGUCCAACUGCCAGGAGGAUAAGAUCAAGCGGCUCGGGACGAAGCUGAUUAGGCUGGCUAGUAAUCCAAGAUCGUGUGGAGUAGCAUUAGAUAUUGCCGACGAUAGAAAUAGAACGGCCGCCCUGGAGCUUGAAAAUAUCAAGCUGAAGGAGAAAAUCGCCGUGAUGAGAAAUCAAUUGUUGAGUCACACGAUGAGCGGCAGGUCGUCGUCGCGCAGCCGUAAUCUCGUUAGACCAUCGUCUUCCGGGCUUGUGACGUGUCGAAGCGAGAAUAACCGCGUGAGAGCACCGUCCUGUCAGUGCAUCGUCGGGGCAGGGGACGAUGAUAACGACAUGCGAAAUUACCUCGUUAAAAUCGAGAAACUGGAGGCGCAGAAGAAAGAUAUGGCGUGUCGUAUAAUGGAACUGGAAAAAGAGCUGGCACAUUUGACCAAUAAUCAAAAGGAGAAGGUGGCGGAAAAUGUAGAAUAUAUACGAGUGUGGCGACAAAUGAAGCAGCUGAACGAUAAAUUAAUGACGACUCAGGAGAAAAACGCCACACUGACCACCGAAAUUAAUGACUUGAAGACGACCCUCGAACAAACGACGAGAAACAGUCAGGAAAUCGCAGCCGUUCUUUCCUCAGAGAGAACGCGCAUAGCCGAGAUUGACGACCAGAUGUUGAAGGCAAAGAAUUCACAGUUCACGUUACGCGAAAAGGACGAGCAGAUACGAGAUCUUACGAAUGAAAUUAAAAUAUUGCAACAACAUAAUAACGAACUUAUUUCGCUCACCUCGAAAUACGGACAAGUCGAAUUGGAGAAUAUGGAAUUGAAAAAAAAGCUUUGCGACGACGCUCAAGAGCAACAGACCUUGAAGACUGCAUUCAACAACGAGCAAACUAACAUUGUGGCAUUAAAGGCUACUAAUGAGCGAUUGCUCGCGAAACUACAAGAAUUGCAGACUAACAUUGAUACCUUGACGGUACAACUAGCGUUUUUACAUACGCAAGUUAAAAAGCGCGAUUCUACAAUAAUAGUACCAUCAUACACGGAACAAUGCAGAAAAUGUUGCGAAAUGUACGAUAAAAUUGUGCAGUUAGAGAAAACUGUUGGCAACACUCGAGAAGAUUGGCAAUCGGCGGAUAAAUCAGUACAGACCAUUGUCAUUACUAGCACAAGGGAGCAGGGUACAAUGAUAAUUUCGAAUAAUGAAGACAAGGCGAGAUUGCAGUCACCAUUGAAGGAAUGGAAGACGAAUCAGGAAGCAAACGGCACGAGUGUUUUAUCCCGAGAAAAAAUACUAAAGCUAUUGGAUCAGGCACAAAUUAACACUCCUCUGGAUGCGUCGAGGAUCACGCCGAAAGAAGAAUACGCAGGCAUUUUGGACGUAGCUCAGAGGCACAGGCAAGUCGUACCUCUCGAGAAGCUACUGUUCGAAUCCGAUUAUUGUUGUAUGAACUGUUCCCUCCAAUCAACCGCCAGUUUCUCCAAGAAUUGCGAUUUUACAUGCAAAAAGAAAUCUGCAACCAUUUUAACGAGAGAUGACGGUAUCUCGAUGAAAGACACAUUCGAUGCUACUUCCUUUCCUGUGACUCACGAGAAGUACAGAAAAUCAUCUUAUCGAGACAUUAGUAAAGAUUUCUGCGCAGAAAAGAUGAUAAAGCUGAAAAGAUUAAAAUCGCCGCGUUAUCCCAGGUGUAAUUUAAUGUGUCACUUGCGCAAAACGAAAGAUCCACUCUUUGUGCAAGAGAAGCUUAAGUUGCCUUGCAGAAUCAAAUGUUUGACCGACAGCGAGAAGUUACCGGUGUGCUCAACAGAGUCCUUUCCUUUAUUGAUUACUGACAGGCAAGGUCUCAUUGAGAUUCACAUUUCGCGAUUGCAACUUUCUACAUCGGUCGCGAAAAUACCGGACGAAGAAGAUAUAUGUAGUCUUCACAUUUACGUAAGCUGGGACAUUUGGGGCGAGAAGACAGCUUACACACCGAGAAUGAAGUGCCCCAAUUUGAUCUUCAACUCAUCCUCCGUGUAUCGCAUAACGGAUCUCUUCUCCUUCUUCAAGAACGUGCUGUCGGAGUAUCUCAUAUUCCGAGUGAACAUUGUUCGCCAAGACGGUACCAGUUACACGCUCGCCCGAGCAAAGGUCUCCAUCAAGGACAUCUUAGAUUAUCCGCAGAACAAGUUGCAUUAUAUCGUUCCUGUGAACAGUGUCAUUUCUUCCUUCUUCGGCGUCAAUUUCGGCCAACUGUCGUUGUGGGUCCGGUUGAGCUGCAACGUCGACAUGGUCGAAGAUUUUAAAAAACAAUGCGGCAUAAGCUCGUUAAAAGAUACUCUUUAUACGCCGUCAGUAAAAAAGGAGGAAGAAGAUAUACCUCAGAAACCACUUCCUCGACGCCCCACGAGACACGUCGUUGACGUGGUGUCGUUCAAGGAUCAGGAACAAAGGGAUAAUUCGGUGUCCGAAGAUUCAACGGAUCAAGAUAUCCAACCGCCAUUAGAUUCAAAUUUUCAAUACGAGACUGAAAACUCGGAUGACGACAAUUAUUACGUUAACUCGAAUAAUGAAGAAUCAUUUUCGCCUACCAACAAGACGAGUAAAAUAUCUAAAGACGAUAGAACGAUUACAGCAAGAAGUCCAGAUUCCGAAGCGAAUAAUAACGAGAAAAAGGAAAAUAACGAUUUGAGGGAUUCGUCGAGCAUGGCGGAGUUCAGGACAUUAAUCGCGAAUGGCAUUUCGUUGUCCGAAGGAUCAAGCAACACAAUCUGCGACAUGAACGAGGUUCUUUCGGACAGAAAUUGGGAGAGAUACAAGCAGAAGAGUCUGCUGACUGCUUUUGCCAGUACACUUAGAGCUAAUUCGUUAAACGUGGAAGCGCAGGAUUACCGAAAUGACAUCUUUACUUGCCGCCACGAAAAGGAUGCAAUAAUUAUAGAAAUAGUGAGCAUGCAGCUUUUGGACGAGAGUUGCGUUAUGCAGGAUGAUGAGAUACAUUUGCUUUACGUAGAAUAUUCUUUCCUCGGGAAUCGCGGCGAAGAUAUGGAGACUGUCUCUGUGGAGAAAUCAAAAACGGGCGGUCAAGAAAUGAUCUACAAUUAUAAGAAAAAAUUUUGGAUUAAUGAAGUGACACAUCCCCUACAAAGAGAUAAUUUGCGCGCCAUGUUGGCUGAAACUAUAAGUCCAAACAUCAAUUUUACUGUUCUUAGCGAACCAUUACCCGAGGAAAGAGAAGUUAAAGAGUGCGAGGAGGUCGGUUAUGCAAUUUUCAAUAUAAAAAAAUACGCGCUUGGUGAUGAAUGUAAACAUGUAUUAUUGCCGAUUAAGGAUAAUCGAAACAGACAAAUUGGAACGCUGAAGAUUGCUGUGUCCGGUUUGAAUGCCAUUCGACAAUGUUUACCAAGAUCAAAAUAGAUCAAUUGCGGUAGAUAAUAGCAAUGUGG